AUGAGUAGCCUUGUCUCACUGAAUAUCAUCCCAGAGGAGUUCGCCAAACAAAGUGUAUCGCCUGCGUUGAUUGAGACUCGACGUCGUGUGAUCAAGGAGAGCCUUAAAGACGGACUACGAGCAUGGGUUGAAAACAGAGGAUUGAAAGCUCAACAACGCAAAGCCCUAGAACUUGAUGAGACUGAAAGAAGUACUGUGAAAAUGCUAGUACGACGAUUGACUGCUCGCAAACUGGCAGAAGAGCUCGAGGGUAAGGCUGAUGCAGUAUCGAUGGAGAAGAAAAGAGCUCAGGCACGUUGGGGUCGAGCUCUAGAAGCUCAAGCUAUCAAGGAAGAGAGGAGGGCAAAGAGUCAGAGUGGGGCAUGCGCGCACCCGACACGUGCUAAAGUCUCACAGUUGAAGCGCUUCUGGGAGGGAGCUCUUAGGACUGCCAGUGGUUGA